AUUCUUUAACUUACCUAAACUAUAGCAAAAAGCAUAACGUUACUUUGGGUAUUUAUAAGGUGUAAUUAAAUAUUGUAGUCGCCGGACUUCAUCCCGAGUUGUUGGCCUUGGCACGGGGUCAUAAGUACUUUCCUUCGGCCCUGCCGGUGUCUAUGCAUAUGCCAUGCAAGUGCCAGAAGACUUAAAUAGCAGCAAUCACCCAUGCUGCUUUGUUCCAGACUCCCCUCUUCAACUCCAACAACAUUACGAACAAUGCCUCCACAUGGUGACCAAGAAGUUAUCUCGCGGUUAUCCAACGAGCUGUUACUAUUGGUUUUUAAUCAGAAUUUACCAAGUGCAACACUCGCCGCUUGCGCCCAGACCUGCAAGAGCUGGAACCGCCUGGCGACUGCAGUACUAUAUAAACAUGUUACCCUUACCAGUACGCGAAAGCUCGCCAGCUGGAGUACUGCAACGCCUCCUUCACUAGACGCGACAGUUCAAACUCUUACCAUAUGCGUUACUAAAGUGCAGACUGCGACGGGCCCCGAAGAUCCCGCAAUUACCAUGGAAGAGCUGCGGCAGAGUCUAGGGCGGUUACAGGUUCGCAUCAGUCGAAUGUCAGAACUAGAAAGCCUCUCGAUAACGACGCCCAAAAAGCUGACCCGCGGGUUGUGGGUUUCGAACACCGCCAUCAGCAAAAUCCUGGAUAACGUUCCAAACAAAUGCUUAGGCCUUGAGCUUGUCAUUCGGAACGGGCCGUAUCAGGCGUCCGCUGAAGAUGCGGAGUCGCAUUUGUGUGUUGCAAUACGCCGCUUGAUACCGAACCUACAGUUUGUGCGUCUUGCUCUACCUAGCUUAUGUUCGGAAUGCUUCGGAUAUGUGAGUAGUGUGGACUCACCUGCGAGCGAGCCAAUUUUCACGGCUGUGGAGUUACCAAAACUUCGUGAGUGUAUCAUUAUACUCGCAUCUCCGAAAUUGGGAAACAACGUAGAGAGAUUUGACAAGCCAUGCAACCCCGACGUGUCACUUGCCAGCGUAAAUGCCAUCGUCGAGAGUCUCGUAUCCUUAGCAGGCUUAGGAAAGGCACCUGCCAUCGAGAAGCUCUGGGUUUACGAUUGUCUGCCAGGUUCAGAUGACGAGGGUUACUCCUACGGGGCCUUUGUGCGCCGCGAUGUUCUCGCAAACAAGAGCUACACAUUUCCGUGGAACGACAUCGCACCCCUUAAGAGAGCCGACAGCUUUUUCAUUCGUAUGCCAGAAGAAGAAGGCGGCGAUGAUAUGAUUACGACUCGAGAUAAUGCAGCAUGCUUAGUUGAGAGGCAUGCAUGGCUAACUGUAGGAAACGGGGCAAGACUGCCAGCAGCCCUCAUGACGAAACAUGGACUUCACGAACAAGACUGCCCGGUACAGACUAGGACGCAGUGGUUUGAGAGUAGCAAGAUCUCAACGGCUUUGUGGAAGAACGAAAGUGACACGGGGAUGAGGUUACUUCACGGCGAGUCGGGAGAUUUGUUGGAAAACCGUCCUGCCGUAUUUCGUAUACCGGAAAGCUGGGAAAGGGGAGUCUUGGGCUUUCUGAGAAAGGCUGAAUUAUGACAGUAACUUGUGAACGUUGGUUGCUAAGCUUAAAUGCCUGCUGCUCUAUGAACAAAUGGAAGCUAUCUCACUCCCGAAAAAUCCAUUAAAAUAAUAUAACCAGGGUCUAAUGCGCCGAGCAGUAAGACUUACCAACCCAAGAUAUCUUCACACGAGUACUUAUCCGAGCCGCAGUAGCCAGCUGC